UUACUAUCGAACUAGUUCCCAGAGGAGCCACAUCUCUAGAAAGCAGGAGAGAAACCAAGACGUAUUAAUUUACGUGUAAAUUUAUUGUCAUAUCACAGGAAAGUCGGACUAGCUGCCAAUUGGCUGACUGAGAACUCCGGAGGAAUAGCAAAGAACCAAAGCCGCCCUAAAAUGAGCACAGCCACUGAACAAACUCCGCGCGCUGACAGCGCCGAGAACAACAGCUCUGAGAGCUCCUCCCAGCCACAGCAGGAGCAGCAGCAGCAGACGAAUUCACAGAAGCCGCAUCUCAAGCUCUUGCAACAUUUCCAAACAAACCGGAUCGACUCUGCCCUCUGGGCCCUGCGUCUUCUGGCAAUCUUCUUCACCGUCAGCUAUGUUCUGCCCAUUUUCACUUCACAACAAAGCUCCUUUAGCAAGGUCCUUCUGGCCAAUGCCGCCAUCUCAGCGCUGCGCUUGCACCAACGCAUACCCGCCUUUUCUUUCAGUCGCGAGUUCCUCGCUCGUCUCUUUGCAGAAGACUCGUGUCAUUACAUGAUGUACUCGCUGAUCUUCUUCAACAUCCGACCAUCGUUGCUGGUUCUGAUCCCAGUCUUGCUUUACUCCGUACUGCAUGCCUCCAGCUACUCGCUCAAACUCCUGGAUCUGAUUGGUCAGAAUUCGUGGUGGGGCGCCCGUUUCAUCAUCUCCAUUGUGGAAUUCCAGGCCGCCAAUAUCCUAAAAGCCACAGCUUUUUGUGAGAUCUUCAUUAUGCCCUACGCUAUUGUUCUAACCUUCAUGAGCCACGCUGGUCUGAUGACCCCCAUCAUCUACUACCAUUACUUGGUUAUGCGCUACAGCUCACGCCGCAAUCCUUAUCCUCGCACUGCUUUCGCCGAGCUGCGUAUCACCUUCGAGACGCUGGCCGCCCGUUCUCCACCCGCUGUGGGAAAGAUCAUUCGUGGUGGUAUCGGAUUUGUGAAUCGCCUGGCGCCGCAGCCACAACCAGCACCGGCUCAACAGUAAUUGAAUAAAUGCUUUGGGGGAAUAAAACAAUCAAAUCACAUUUGUAAAAUCACUUCAAAUUCACACACACGCUCACCUAGGAGAUCGGUUUUCAGAUGUUUUUUUCGUUAAAUGGAUUUUGUUGCACCUUUCCGAAGAGACCAAAUAUGUCUUUUCAUUUCUGAAGCGUAUGAUUUUUCGGCAUUUAUGUUUAAAUUGUAGCAAUUUAUUUAAAAAUUAUGUCAUGUUAAAUGUCUCGUUUGUCGAUGUUUGUAUGUCCUUAUGAACUCUGAAGAGUAAAGAUUGCUUUUUGUUAGCAUUACUUUCCAAAUUAAUUUAGUUUAUGUUUCACUUUGAAGUAUUUCUUGUUUAGUCUAUCAAACACAUAAGCGUGACAGUUGGUAAUAAUGAUUUAAAUAUAUUUUUUAUGAACGUGUAAAGUUACUAAAACAAAAACAAAAAAAUUAAAAGACGAUAAAAAUAAAUUUAAAUAAAAUAAACUUUA